UGUGUCACUCGAUAUUGCGACUCUCUGCAUGCCGCUGUGAUUUUGUGUGCAAAAUAAGUUAACAGUGUUGUUUUAUUUGAUUUAAAUUUUGUGAGUUAUUCGUUAAUUAACUCAUUUAACGUCUGUCAAUCGUUGGCUUUAGGCAAAUGACUAACAACGGUGUGGGGUGAUGUACACAACUAGUAGUACUUCUAACACUACUGCUAGUGGUAUUAGUACAAUGAGCUUGGACCAGUUGAAGGUGGACCGGCGCGAGGGCGCCACCGUCGGCAAGGAGAGUUCCUGCUACUUCUGCAAUGAUAUGUUUGAGAUGGGAAAGCUACAGAACCACCUGAAACAGUGCGGCAGCAUCUUGGAGCAAUGUCCGUUGCGCUGCGGCGCUUGGAUACAGCGCAAGCACAAGCAGGUCCAUGUCAACGAGUGCCCGCAGAUGGAAAAGGCUCGCAACUCUUCAUCCCCGACACACGUACGGGUGUCGGAGCCCUCGCCGCCCGCUGUGCCAGUCACCAAUCACACGUGGACGCCCCGACACAGUCCGCUAGACGAGUGCGUCACAUACCUCGAGAAAGAAGUGGCUGGUAUUAAGUUGGUGUUGAGUGCGGAGUCGAGCCAGCGCGAUGUUUUCUCCACGGAGUUGGAGACCCUGCGCACAAAACUGGUGCUGGUGGAGGAGCGCGGCCAGCACGUGGUGUCGGCGCUGAGCACGCUACGGGCUGCAGUGGACGCCGAGGCCGCGCGCGCUGCCGACUGGGCCGCUCAGUUCAGACAUGAUUUGUCAAACGUUCAACUAGCUUUGCAGGAGCUGCAGAACCAGCAGCUGAGCACGGCCAUGCGUUUGGAGAGCGCGGUGAGCAGCAUCGUGCACGAGCAGAACGAGCGCGAGCUGCUGGAGCAGGCUAUGACGCAGCACGACAACAGGAUACGUGCCAUUGGAAGACUGGAAGAAGUAAUGGAAUACAUAAAGCGUACAAUAGAAGAGGAUAGAGAACGUAACGCGGAGAGCCGCGCCGCGCUGGAGGACGAGCUGGCGGAGGCGCGCCGAGCCUCGCAGCAGCUGGCACAUCUCGCCACACUCAGGGCGCAGCUGGAGACCACCGCUAAUGAAAGACCGGCUUUAGACAGAGUGGCAGUACUAGAGGUGGCGACUGCAGACGCGAGAGCGGAAGCUGCGGAACACGCCAGCAAGAUGGACAUCAUCUCCCGGGACCUGCGCGCGCUAACCAAGUCUUACCACAAGAUACGCAGCGAGAUCGUGGACUUCCAGGCCAAGAUUAACUUCAGUAAUCCAGAACUGGGCAGUGAUGAUGGUCACUUUAUAUGGAGGAUAGACAACUUUACUUCGCGAAUGAAAGAAGCCAAGGAAAAGGACACAAUACUGACCAGCCCGCAUUUUAGGACCAGCAAAUAUGGAUAUACUCUCAAAGCAGAAGUAGCGCUGAACGGCAUCGGCAAGUGGAAGGGUCGCCACAUCAACUGCACAGUGCGGCUGGUGGCAGGUCCCUACGACCCGCUGCUGGAGUGGCCCUGCGACCUCAACAUCAGCAUAGUCCUCAGAGACCAGCCCGCUAACAGGGCUCAAGCGAUGGAUAUAGUGAAAUCCCUGCAGCUCCGCCGUAAAUCCGCGUCCAGUCGCCACGACUACGACGAGGCGAAUGAAGAAAAGACGCGGUCCACUGAAAACCUCGAUAUGAACGUGGUGCAGAUGAAGAAGCAAUACAUCUUCAUACCGCACACCAGCUUGGACAAGUUCGAGUACAUUAAGAACGAUGUCAUGUUUCUAGAAUUUAUGGUCAAUCAGUAAAAAAAUCGCUGGUUUAAAGGACUCGUUGCCAUAUCACGAAAUUAAAAUAAAAAAACUAUAAUCUUUGACCAGUAAAUGUCAUUAGUUUUCUUCCACUGCC